AUUGUGUUCUUUCGACACUCGCAUCAUGCCUGAACCAGCGAAGUCUGCUCCCAAGAAGGGCUCCAAGAAAGCCGUCACUAAGACCGCGGCUAAAGGAGGAAAGAAGCGCAGAAAGUCCAGGAAGGAGAGCUAUGCUAUCUACGUGUACAAAGUACUGAAGCAAGUCCACCCUGACACCGGGAUCUCUUCCAAGGCGAUGGGGAUCAUGAACUCUUUCGUCAACGACAUCUUCGAGCGCAUCGCCGGUGAGUCGUCUCGUCUCGCUCACUACAACAAGCGCUCCACCAUCACCUCGAGAGAGAUCCAGACCGCCGUGCGUCUGCUGCUGCCCGGAGAGCUGGCCAAACACGCCGUGUCUGAGGGCACCAAGGCCGUCACCAAGUACACCAGCUCCAAGUGAAGUGUGAUCUGACUCCGACAACCCCAACGGCUCUUUUAAGAGCCACCCAUGUUUUCAGUUAAAGAGCUUUAUGUAGUUAUUUGUGGUGGGUUAAGUCAAUAAACCCAGAACUACACUUA